GCAGGGCGCACGGUGCCGUUAAUCCACAGGAUUAGGUAAAGCUUCGGCCGCAUUAAAUGACACGUUCAGAAUACCAUGGCGACGACUAGACUGGGAGGAAAAAUCGUGAAUGGGUCAUUUGAAUGGUUUCUUCUUCUCCUCCUGAUCUGUAUCCAGUUCGUGUUCAGUGAGCGGCUCCGCUCCUUCUACUAAUGCGCCGUCCGUGAGCGCGUCAUGAGACUGGACUGAUAUUUAUAGGCACUGAGAGAAAAUAGCGGUGUGAGAGGGAUUCCUCUGAAGGGCUGCUUGGCUUUGUCAAGGACCAGGACACCAGAGCGCAGGGCAGGGAGGAGAUGAUGAGGGGGGGAUGGCCACUGCGCUCAAAUAGCCUACCAAAAUAGGACCGAUGCGCCUGCAGCCAUGAUCUAAAUUGAGGUUCAUGUUUGAACUGGAAGAGGGGGCGUUUGGAAGGGAGAGGACAAAAGCGCGAUCCAUCCAUGGAAGAAGUUUAGAGGAUAUCAUGAUGUCACAAACCACUAAAGAGAUCUACACAUUUGAUUUCUGUGAUGGGGAGCACGCGGCUCACCUUUUGGAUGCGCUCCGGCAUUUCUACGUGGGCGGCUUGUUCACUGACGUGAGCUUGCAGUGUGGUGAAUCCGGAGAGGUGUUUCCCUGUCACAGAGCCCUUCUGGCAGCCCGCAGCUCUUAUUUUAAAGUCAUGUUUACAGCUGAUAUGAGGGAAAGAUCCAACAGCUUCAUCAAGCUGACUGGAGUGGACUGCGCAGCUCUGCGCGCUCUGCUGGAUUAUGUUUACACCGCGCAGGUGCGCAUCACUGACAGGACCGUGCAGAGCCUGCUGGAGGCUGCGGACCUCCUUCAGUUCACCUCUGUUAAACAAGCAUGUGAGGACUUCCUCAUUCGCCUCAUGGACGUGGACAACUGUCUGGGCAUGCACGCGUUUGCUGAGCUGCACCUGUGCACCAAGCUGGAAAGGGAGGCACGGAGACUGAUGCUGAGCAGAUUCACAGAACUCACCGAUCAAGAGGAGUUCCUGGAUUUGGACUUUGAGAAAGUGAGGUCAGUUCUUUCUACUCAGAGCAUCACUGCACAGAGAGAUGAAGAUCUCAUUGGUGCUAUUGUGAAGUGGGUCACUCAUAGGUUGGAUGACCGUGUCCCCUAUGUGUUAAAGCUCCUGCACUGCAUGGAUCUGGAUCUGGAUGAGAUUUAUUUCAGAUCUUCAUUAGAAGUGUACAGACAGUACCUGUCAAAAGAUGAUGGGAAGCUGAGGUCCGUCAUCUUUCAGGCUUUGAGAUCCAAUGGCAAAGAAAUCUCCACAAGAAUAAAAAUAUCCUCCAGCGUGUAUAUCAUCGGAGGAUACUACUGGCACCCUCUUUGUGAGGUGCACAUCUGGGAUCCUAUCAGCAACACAUGGGUACAAGGCAAAGAUAUUCCUGACUACGAAAGAGAAAGCUACAGCGUCACCCUGCUUGGAGCAAACAUUUAUGUGACCGGGGGCUACAGAACAAAUACAGUGGAGGCCCUGGACAGUGUUUCUAUCUAUAACUGUGAUUCUGAUGAAUGGAGCAAAGGUUGCCCCAUGAUCACAGCCAGGUACUAUCACUCCUCUGUGGCUCUGCGUGGCUGUAUUUAUGUCUUGGGAGGAUACAGAGCAGGAGCUCCGGAGCGGGAGACUGAAUUUUAUGAUCCUUUAAAAAAGAAAUGGUUUUCUGUCUCCAAAAUGAUUCAAGGUGUAGGGAAUGCCACUGCUUGCACAGUUGCAGAGAAAAUCUAUGUGACUGGAGGCCACUAUGGAUACAGAGGAAGCUGCACAUAUGAGAACAUCCAGAUGUACAACCCUGAUACUAACGAAUGGAGUAUCAUUACGAUGAGUCCCCAUCCAGAGCACGGGCUGUGUUCUGUGUCCCUGAACAACAAGCUAUUUUUAAUGGGUGGGCAGACGGCCGUCGCAGACUGCUACGACACGGAGAAAGAUGAAUGGAAGCCUGUAUCCAUGAUGAAUGAGAGGAGAAUGGAGUGUGGAGCUGUGGUAAUAAAUGGAUCUAUAUAUGUGACAGGAGGAUAUUCCUACUCCAAAGGGACGUACCUGGAAAGCAUUGAGAAAUACGACCCGGACUUGGACUCAUGGAAGAUUGUGGGUUCUCUUCCAAGCCCUACCAGGUCCCAUGGAUGUGUUUCCAUUCUUGGUAUUCACUGACAAGCCUUUGCUGUUGUGCCAGAUUGAUCAAAUAGUAUAUUCCCUAUGCAAUAUUGUAGGAAUAUUUUUGUACUCUUAUACAGAACUUUAUUUUCUUUCUUUCAGGAAGUAUUUGCUAAAUAUUCAGUUAGUUUGUUGUUACUAAGGGUGUAUUCAGACUGGGGAAACCGUUUGGUCCAGACCCGGUCCGCUUAAUCUGGCACGGAUCGAGUCCUUGGUCUGUAUACAGGCUCCCGUCAAGGGGACGUCCCUGUUCCGUACAAAAGCUUGUAAACAAAACCAUGUGGCUAAAGAUUUCUUCAGGGAUAAAUUAUGGAAGUCCCGUGCUCUUAAUUCAUUCAAACUUUAUAUUUCGUUGACAAAUUUUGCACAUCUGUUUCAACAUCAGGCUCAACCCUUUUUACUCGCUUCUUUGGUCCGGUGGAGGUGUGUUGCAGGGCUGGUUACUGGCAAGAAGACAGUUAAGAAGGUAUGCUAAUAAGUGUUCAUGACACAUAGAUUGUCAGGAAAACAGUGAGAAAAUCAAUGCGUGUCAUGCUAAAAAUUGUUUUGAUGAGUGUGAAUUCAUCCAAUCACAUUUCAAUGAGUUGGUGUGUCUCAUCGUUGUGCUGUUAAGACAUUGAUUUAAGAGAAUUCUGUCAACGAACUACAAAGUAGCUUUUAGGAUGACAUUACAGCAGCACCUGUCGGGCAUGUGCAGCAUAACAAGACAAAGAGAAGCAUGUAAAAAGUGUUUCUAACUGUGUUAAAAUAAACAUUCUAACAAAUAAA